AUGUUUCAGACUCAUUAUUACCAGCCUGGUUUCACAUUGGUCGGUGGUGGCUAUACUCCAGUUGAAUAUCAUACACGUAAAGAAAAAGAUCUCAUUCAUCCGGAUACCGUUUGGGUUAAAGAUCGGGUUGAGAAAUUUGAACCAAAGAAGAAUUCCGUUAUUUUGAGAAGUGGAGAAGAGAUAACUUAUGACUAUAUGGUUAUAGCUACAGGAUGCCAGUUACGAUUUGAUUUG